AUGAAGCCUGGAAGGUUCAAUACAACACAUGUAACAUCUAUAGGCGAUCAUACCAAUACCAAUACCAAUACCAAUACCAAUACCAAUACCACCACUUUGGUUACUGAACCCAUUUUACCAUCCUCAUCAAUCUUGACAAAAGGAAAAUCAAUUUCAUCAUCUUCAAGCCCAAUCAACUCUCUCAUUGCUGGUGAAAAAAUUCAGUUUGGGGCAGUUACCUCACCAACAAUACUCCCUCCUAGUAGUCGUGUUGUGUCACAUGUGAUUGGGGCUCCAGGGUCUUUUCGUCCUAACAAGACUCAAAACAUUUCAAAAACCGAAAAUGAUUGCAAUAUAUUCUUUAAAAAAGAAGAUUUUGAGGCUGAAGUUGAAGCUGUUACUGUUGCUGCCAUUGAUAGAGAUGAGAUCGUUGGCAAUGGGGUGGGACCCGAAACCGGACCCGUCUCAGUUUCAAGUGAUCAACAAUCUGGAAGCCAAUCUAAACCUGAAGAAUCUCUAAGUGUAUCACUUCCUGCUGAUCUCUCUGUUGAAGCUCCCCCAAUAUCAUCUCUAUGGCCACCAUUGCCUAGUCCUCAAAGCUGA